AUGGCGGCGCACUGCUCUGCAGGACUUUACAGAGGACUUGGUGGUUUUCUGAGGGGCAUGUGUAAUUUUGGGGUCUGUGGUCCCCCAAAACUCCUUCCGGCCCAACACUCUCGAUGUUUUUUCUGGAAAAAGUGGAAAAGUCAGCCCUACUGUAUAGUGCGUCCAGAAACUGUCAGACCAGCCUACGCAGUACCAAAACACAUAGAGCGCCCUGACUACGUGGGCACUGGAGUUGUCCCAGAAUGGCCAAACUACAUAGAAAUAAAGAAUCAGCAGCAGAUAGAGGGCCUCACAAAAGCCUCUCAGUUAGCCAGACAUGUGCUGUUGCUGGCUGGACAGGGACUGCAGGUUGGCAUGACAACAGACGAAAUAGACUACAUUGUUCAUCAAGAGACAAUCAAACACAAUGCCUACCCAUCUCCUCUCAGAUACGGAGGCUUCCCCAAGUCUGUGUGCACCUCUGUCAAUAAUGUGGUGUGCCAUGGCAUUCCCGACAGCCGAAAACUGCAAAACGGGGACAUUAUUAAUAUUGACGUCACUGUAUAUUUUGAUGGUUACCAUGGUGACACAUCAGAGACCUUUCUGAUUGGUCAAGUGGACGAGGUUGGACAAAAGUUGGUAGAAACUGCCAGACGGUGCAGAGACGAGGCAAUUGCUGCCUGCCAUCCUGGGGCUCCACUCUGUGUGAUAGGAAACACUAUUAGCAAAAUAGCACAUGCCACUGGCUUCCAGGUGUGCCCAUACUUUAUAGGACAUGGGAUUGGCUCUAGUUUUCAUUGUCACCCUGAGAUCUGGCACCACGCAAAUGACAAUGACAUGACUAUGGAUGAAGGAAUGACUUUCACAAUAGACGAUAACAUUUUCAUGAGAGGAACAGAGCCCAUACUAAUGGAGGGGUCACCAGAGUUUAGAAUUCUUAAUGACAAAUGGACAGCAAUUUCUGCUGAUGACAAAAGGUCUGCUCAGUUUGAACACACAGUGGUGAUUACAGCAGAUGGAGUGGAUAUUCUCACCAAACUGCCCAACGAGGACAAUACAUAA